UUCUCUCAAGAUGGCGGAUAAUCUCCCUUCGGAGUUUGACGUGAUCGUAAUAGGGACGGGUUUGCCUGAAUCCAUCACUGCAGCUGCAUGUUCAAGAAGUGGCCAGAGGGUUCUGCAUGUUGAUUCAAGAAGCUACUAUGGAGGAAACUGGGCCAGUUUUAGCUUUUCAGGACUGUUGUCCUGGCUAAAGGAAUACCAGGAAAACAGUGACAUUGUGAAUGAAAAUCCAGCAUGGCAAGAGCACAUUCUUGAAAAUGAAGAAGCUAUUGCUCUUAGCAGGAAGGACAAAACCAUUCAACAUGUGGAAGUAUUUUGUUAUGCCAGUCAGGAUUUGCAUGAAGAUGUUGAAGAAACUGGUGCACUGCAGAAAAAUCAUGCUUCUGUGACAUCUGUGAACCCCACAGAAGGGGAACAUUCUGCCUAUCUGCCUUCGGAAGAUGAGUCAUCGUGCACUGUGAGUUGUCAAAUACCCACAGAACAAACUCCAAACAGUGAUCUAGAGAGUUCUCUAGAAAUAAAUGAUGUUGAAGCAACAGGGGAAGAAGAAAAGCAUUGUGAUGAUAAAACUUGUGUGAAGUCAGCUUCAGAAGAAGAAACAAGUGAAAAUGUGCUUACAACAGAAGACACCACACUGCAACCAAGGAAAAAUAGGAUUACUUACUCACAAAUUAUUAAAGAAGGCAGGAGAUUUAAUAUCGAUUUAGUAUCAAAGCUGCUGUAUUCUCGAGGAUUACUAAUUGAUCUUUUAAUCAAAUCUAAUGUAAGUCGAUAUGCAGAGUUCAAAAAUAUUACCAGGAUUCUUGCAUUUCGAGAAGGAAGAGUGGAACAGGUUCCUUGUUCUAGAGCAGAUGUCUUUAAUAGCAAACAACUUACUAUGGUAGAAAAGCGAAUGCUAAUGAAGUUUCUUACAUUUUGUAUGGAGUAUGAAAAACAUCCUGAUGAAUAUAAAGCCUAUGAGGAGAUUACAUUUUCUGAGUAUUUAAAAACUCAAAAAUUAACCCCCAACCUCCAGUACUUUCUCCUGCAUUCAAUUGCAAUGACAUCAGAGACAGCCAGCAAUACCAUAGAUGGUCUCAAAGCUACCAAAAACUUUCUUCACUGUCUUGGGCGGUAUGGCAACACUCCAUUUUUAUUUCCUUUAUAUGGUCAAGGAGAACUUCCUCAGUGUUUCUGCAGGAUGUGUGCUGUGUUUGGUGGAAUCUAUUGUCUUCGCCAUUCAGUCCAGUGCCUUGUUGUGGACAAAGAAUCCAGAAAAUGUAAAGCAGUCAUAGAUCAGUUUGGUCAGAGAAUAAUUUCUAAGCAUUUCCUUGUGGAGGACAGUUACUUUUCUGAGAACACAUGCUCACAUGUACAAUACCGGCAAAUCUCCAGGUCAGUCCUGAUUACAGAUAGAUCUGUACUAAAAGCGGAUUCAGAUCAACAGAUUUCCAUUUUGACAGUGCCAGCAGUGGAGACAGGAACUUUUGCUGUUCGGGUCAUUGAGUUAUGUUCCUCAACAAUGACAUGCAUGAAAGGCACAUAUUUGGUUCAUUUGACUUGUACAUCUUCUAAAACAGCAAGAGAAGAUUUAGAACCAGUUGUGCAGAAAUUGUUUACUCCAUAUACCGAAACGGAGAUAGAAAAUGAAGAAGAUGAGAAACCAAGACUUUUGUGGGCUCUUUACUUCAAUAUGAGAGAUUCUUCAGAUGUCAGCAGGAACUCUUAUAAUGAUUUGCCAUCCAACAUUUAUGUCUGCUCUGGCCCAGACUGUGGUUUAGGAAAUGAUAAUGCAGUCAAACAGGCUGAAACACUUUUCCAGCAAAUCUGCCCCAACGAAGACUUCUGUCCACCCCCACCAAAUCCUGAAGACAUUGUCAUUGAUGGGGACAGUUUACAAUCAGAGGCUUCGGAAUCUAGUUUCAUACCAGAAGCGAACUCAGAGACUCCCAAGGAAAGCAGAAGUCUGGGAAACCCAGAGCUGUCCUCUCAAUAACGGAUGUUGCAACAUGGAGACUGCUACUAAUUUCCAACAUGAAACCUCUCUGGUUUCAUUUGGGCUUGUGACCACUACUCUAUGGGAAUCUGUUGAACAUAAUCAUAUUUUGCGGAAACUAAGCUGAACACAUAUAUUGUAAAACAUAACAUGCCCCAAUUAUCCAUAUCAAAUUUCAGUCUUAUUUCCUAUAUUAACAAUAUAGUUUAGCUGUAAGCAACUGUUGUUCUAACAAUUGUUGCUUAUGGCACAGUAGAUCCCCCAUUCAGGCUACUACUGAGUGGAGAUCACUUCAGUGGUUUUUCUCCAAGUAGAGCUACCAAUGGAACAAAUGAAAAGUCAAUUGAAAUGUGCACAGUUUUUUUAUUUUAAUUUUUUAAGUACAGUUAACUCGUUACAUUAGUUUCAGGUGUACAACGUAAGUAUUCAACAUCUCUAUAGAUUAUCCUAUGCUCACCACAAGUGUAGCUACCAUCUACUAUCGUGUUUUUAAAAAUCAAAGAAGUUGAUAAAGUAGUAGAAAAAGAUCUAUUUAUCUUGCUUACAUACAUGUAAAAUCACAACUUCUCACUCCUCAAUUCCCAUAUUCAGUUGGACAUAAAAUCUUUUUGGUUCUAUCUCAGAAAUAUUUUCUAUCUCAGAAAUAUUUUCCUGAUAAUGGCUCCCUCCUCUCUAUUCCCACAACCCAUUGUUCUCAUUGGUCUUGACACAAGGCUCCCCAUUCUAUUCCAAUUACCUAUUGAGGAAGAAGCCACUGCAUGAAUUCCUUCUCAUGCUGACACAAGGUGAGGAGUUAUUUAGCAUAACAACACACCAAAGUUAAGUGAAAAUGAAGCCCUUGAGGGCACAUCCCUAGCCUGCACCAAGUAUGGUUGUGAGAGUGUGUGGCUUGGGACUCUGAGGACCAGCAAAGGGUAGGAAAAGAAAUGAAGGGUAACACUUGCAGUGCCUACUAUGUACCAGGAACUAUUAACACUUUUAAUCUCAAAACAACAUGUAAGUACUAUUAUCAUUCUCUAUUUUACAGAUUAGGGUCUUGAUGAUGAAACUGAAUCACAGAGAUAAAAUGACUUGUCCAAGGUCACAUAGUUAGAUUUGGGUUGCUCCUCUCCUCUGAAUUCUUCUUGCACUGAAACAUGUUUAUAAUCUACUAGUAAUAAGAUUAUAUUCUUUCUCAUAAUAAUGAGCUGUAUCUACCUGCCCUAGUAGUGGCAGAGUUUCACUUAAAUACAAAUAGCCCUAAUCAUGUCACUUCUCUCCUUAAAAACCUUUACAUACUAAGUAAAAUCUGACUUCUUUAGCAUUGCAUAUGAGACCACCAUCCCCCAAAAACAUUGUUUCCCUUUGCCUUCAUCUCCUAUCACUCUACCUCUCUCUCCUCCUCACACCCUAAUUUUCAGUCACAAUGAACUCCUCAGGAUCUUCACUCUUUGGCUCAUUGCAUAUAUCAUUUUUCUGGAAUUCCCUCACCUCUCUGCUACCACUACACCCUUUUUCCUCUAAUAAACUUUCUAUUCUGCCUUUAAAACCCAAAUUUAAUGUUAGUUUAACUACUAACACUUCGGCAACCUCAUUUGGCAAAGAUAUUUUUCCCUCUGAGCUCCCCACAGUACUGUUCAUAAAGCCCUUAUCUCAUUGAAUUU